AUGUGGUUUAAGAAAUCGAACUCGAAAAAGGAAAAGAAUGAGUAUACGGAGGAAGCCAAUAGUAACGAGGAGGCUGUAUGCGACUAUGAGGAAGAGGAGGAACAGCAGCAACAACAGCAACGAGAGGCCAACGAACAGGGGGUAGAACAGGGGGUAGAAGUGUUAAAUGUGGAAGGAGCUACGUUUGAGGUCUUAGCGGUACAGAAAAAAAAAGAAAAAAAAAGAAAAGGUAAAGAGGAAGGGGAAGCAAAUAUCGAUGAAGAAGUGACAGAGGUAGAACGGUCCGAGGGAAGGGAAGAGGCACAUCAGAACUGCAUUGAUAGCGAUGGUAACAGCUCUGCUAUGUACGAUUCAUCUCUAAAUGAACACGAAAUUAAUGAAAAAAUAGAGGAUAUACUGAACAACCUGUCUUCAGACGAAGAGGAAGGAGAAGUGGUUGAAGAUGAAAUUCCUUAUGAACGUGUUCAGGAAAAUAAUGACCAUUCUAAGGAAGUUGUUUUACUAAAUUUCUACGCAGAAAUGUCAAAUGAAAAGUUAGAUAUGCUCCUAAAUGUUUUCGGAAAAGUAAAAAGCAUUAACGUGGACGACAAUGAAUGUGUUCAUGUUAUAUUUUUUUCAUUGAAUAGUGCAAAAAAGGCAAAACAGUAUCUGGACAAUUUGAAAAUUAAGAAUAGAAGGAUACAAGUGACUUACGGAGUGUACAAAGAAGAGAACGAUAAGGCAGAUGUUCAAGGUGUAGGGGAAGCAACAGAAGAUGUAGGAGCAGAGCAUGAGGCGUAUCACUACAAUUACAGUAGAAUAAAGAGUGAAACUUAUAAGAACAACAGCGAGCGUUCACCCUACUAUUACGACCAGUUCCGUUACAACAGCAGUAACAUCAACAGUAACACAAAUAAUGUUAAUAGCGGCAGCAAUAUGGUCAAUAGUGGUAGCAAUAAUAUUGGGUAUCAAAAGAAUCAUGUAAAACUAUUUAAGAACAGGAAGUAUUAUAUGAACGCUCCCCAGUUCUUUCCCCCCCCAAAUAGUAGCAGUCAUGCACCUUUAUACAAAAAUCAUACUAAAGGAAACAUGCAUAUUGGUAAUAAUUUUUUUUCUUCCCCCCCCACCUUUCAUGCAAAUGCUCUAAAUGAGUAUGCGUCAUCACCAGAGGUGGUACUAAAACAGGGGGAGAGGAGGGUACGAAGUGUUCUCCCAAGCAACAACAAUAAGGAAAUUAGCAGCAGUUGUAACAACAAUAGCAGCAGUAACAACAACAACAAUAGCAGCAGUAACAGUAAUAUCAAUAACAAUAAUAAUAAUAUUAAUAAUAAUAUUAAUAAUAAUAAUAAUAAUAGUAAUGACAGUAAUAGUAAUAGUAUUAGUGGAGAUGGUAAUAAUAAGGGGGCAAACGUGGAAAAGCAGAAAUUUAGCACAGUCAACUAUGGUUACCAUCCUCCGCCCCCACCCCCGAUUACCAACCCGUACAAUUUGUUAACUGAAAAAACAGGAAAGAAUAAGGCAGACUCCUUUACUCCAUAUAAUAAUACCCUUACAACGAAUCGUGAAAGGUUUAUAUCUAAAUCUUCAGAAGUCGGAGUGUUAUCAAGUAAAAGAAAUAAUAAUAUGUCUGAUAAUUUUUCUAAAAAUCUUGUAUCAAAUAAAGGAAAUACUUUCGAAGGAAUAAAUGUUAAUACAAAUUUUACUUCAUAUACGAACACGAAACCAAUUUCAUAUGAUAAUAAAGGUCAGUACCAACGAAGCAUUCCGCCGCCUCCGCAUCUUAGAAAUAAUAAUACAAACAUGGAGAACAGUACAACACAUAAUAAAACUAUAAGGGGAAAAAACAGGAUGAUGAUGAUGACGAUGCCCCCCCCGCUUUUAAGCCCACGAAAAAGAGAUACAAACUUGAAUUAUAAUAAUUUUUCUCUUUAUAAUAACAAAUAUUACAUUGCUCAUCCUAAGCAAACUGCAAAUGAUAGUCACAUGGUUGAGGAUGGUCCUGUGAAAAAUACGAAAGAGAAAAGUACUAAGCACCACAUGAUGGUAAGUCUAUAUCAACAUAAAGAAAGUAGUAAUCAUAUCAAUAAAGACAAUAGAUCUUUCCCCUCUUUUAAUGAAGAAAAUCCAUUUAAUAUAUUAAAAGAGAAUAUUAUGUGUGAUAACCCUACGUGGUUAAGUAGAAAAGAAAAUAGCGUUUUAAACUGGGAAACGAAUGCUUCUGUUGAAGAAAAUCAUCUCUUUUUUAUUAAUACUUAUAGUCAUUAUAAAAUUUAUAAUAGAUACCUUAUUAUAACAAAUAUGCCACAAGAUUUAAACGAUGAAAAUAAGAUAAAAGAAUAUGUUAAUGGUCUCUUUUCAAAUGAAAAAAAUUUUUCCUUUUGUCUUGAGGUUACUAUGUUUACUCUUGCAGAGGUAGAGGAGCACAAAUUUUUUUAUGGAGAUGAUUUUCAGAAGGAGCAGCAGCAGGGGGAGUCUUUGGAUAGGGUUAAUGAUGCGAUCAUGCACACGGCGGUACACGCGAAUAUUAACGAGGAUGUAGGUGAUGAUGCUAAUUCUGGCGAUCCCGUUGGCAUUACUGCCAAUUCUAAUGUUGAUGUUAUUACCAACGCUAAUGUUGCAAAUGACAAAUGUAAAGAAGAUCAUAAAGACAAUACAGUGGACGAAGUGAAGGAGACAAAUGAAAAUGUUGACGAAGAAAAAAAGGAGGAAAUUGUCUCAAAGGAAGUACAAGUUGCAGAGGAUGAAAAGGAGAAUUCUGCUAAAAAUGUGAAAAAAAGGGUAAUACGAAAAGGAAGAAGGCAUAGAAGAAGUGAAAGCAGCAAUCAAGGAAGAAGAUACAGAAGAAGUGGAGGCAGCAAUAAAGACAGAAGGCAUAGAAGAAGUGAAAGCAGCAAUCAAGGAAGAAGAUACAGAAGAAGUGGAGGCAGCAAUAAAGACAGAAGGUCAGGAGUGAGCAGCAAUAAAGACAGAAGCAUAGAAGAAGUAGCAGCAAUCAAGGAAGAAGAUAUAGAAGAAGUGGAGGAAGCAAUCAAGGAAGAAGAUAUUGAAGAAGUGGAGGAAGCAGUAAAGGAAGAAGAUAUUGAAGAAGUGGAGGAAGCAGUAAAGGAAGAAGUCAUAGAAAAAGUGGAGGCAGAAAUAAAGGAAGAGGUCAUAGAAGAAGUGAAGAAAGAAGGCAAGGAAAAAACGAACACAGUUCAAGGUGAGAACCCCCUCAGCACGCACAAAAGGCUGUGUGCCCACUUGACCUUCAGGACAAUAAAAAACUGCGUUGAGGCAAAAAAGGCACUGGAAGAAAAAAAUUUUAAAGUGAAUUUCUCAGCCCCCAACAAACCGAACAACUGUUUAUGGGUAGGUAAUAUUUUAAAAAAUUAUUUUUUCAAUACAGCAAAUAUUUUAAAAAGUAUGUUCAUGCAUUUUGGUGAAAUAAUGAACGUGAAGUUUGUAGCUGACAAGAAUUGUUUAUUUUUGGAAUACAAAAAUGUGAAUGAUGCAAUAAAGGCAAGGAAUCAUAUGUAUGGUAUUCAGCUAUCGAACAAUACAUUACUUAAUAUUGACUUUUCAACAUUAGGUGAGUGGGAGGGUAAAAGAAAAGUAAGCUUUACUCGAAAAAAAUUAAUGGACUCAUUAUCUUACGAUAAUAAUAAUAAGAUACAACAAAUAUUAGAAAAUCAAUUUAAUAAAAGAAACACAGGAUUUAUUGAUUCUAAAGUUAUGCUAUUAUUAAAAAAAAAUAGUAGAAAAAAAAAUUAUAGACUUAAUAAUGUUGAAGAGUACAACUCGAACAAAAAAAUUAAUAAACAUCAUUCAAGCAGUGCACUUAUGGACAAGCACCACAUUAGGAGGAAAAGUACGACUUACACAAAUAGAUAUAAUUCGGAAAAGGAUAAGAAAAAAGAUAGAUAUAGUAGUAGUCAUACUCCUUAUGAUAAAAAGGAUAGUAGAAAGUCAUCAAAGCGAAAAGGACAUGAUACAGAUAAUACAAAUGAAAGAAGUCGUAAAAAAAGGAGAAGCAAAAGAAACACAAGUAGAGCAGGGGGAGCAGUAUAUUCCUUCAGGAAAGAAAACAAUGAAGAAGGCCUCGAAAAGGAAGAAAGUUCGAAUUGGUUUAAUGGUGGGAACACCAAUGAGGGGGUAAAUAUCAACAGCGGCUCAAAUGCUGAUCAUAAUGGCAGUCAAAAUGGUUUGCAAAAGGAUGACGAUGCACAUAACUCAGAUGGUUCUAACAUCGAAAAGGGAAAGAACGAAAUGACAAUCGCAUUUUACGUGAACCAGAAAUACAAGUGUAACUUCAGUGCAAAAUUUUAUGAAGGAAAUAGGGAACUCAAAAUAUACCCGAAGUUAAAUGUUGAAACCAAAAGUGAUAUAAAAAAUUUAAAGCAAAUCAAGAGUACCUGCACCGACUACUCCAUCUGGCAAUUGGGGCCAACUCCCAGCCAGAAGAAGAAAUUUUUUCAUAUAUGCGACCAUUUUAGCAAGAAGAAGAAUAUACCCGUAAUUAUUGACAAGGACUACACCACCUUCAUUGUGCCUAUUAAGGAGGACUACUUAAAAGAUUUAGAGAUCGAAAACACGGAUUACAUGUAUGCCUUUGUUCUUGAAACGAAAAAAUCGUAA